AGUAGAGCGUUUGGUAACAACAUGCGAUAACGAAUUGUGUGAUAGUAGUCGGGCACUAACGCACGAGAUACGAGGACGAACCGACAAAAUAAGUAGAUUUUCGGUGAUCUUGUUCAAUAUUAAUUAAAUUAUUACAAUUUUUUAAAAAUUUAGGAUCAAAAUGUCUAAGUACAACGCUAGCAAGUUGCGGCAAAUGAAAACGGGCGUGGAGAAAAUCCAACACGGCCAGUUGAAGACGAACAUACCGGCGGGCAUGGCCACGCCGGGUCCACCGCUCGGACCGAUGUUGGGAUGCAGGGGUAUAAAUAUCACGACUUUCUGCAAGGAUUUCAACGAGAAGACCAAAGACAUCAAGGAUGGCAUACCUAUGCCGACCAGGGUGCACGUGAAUCCGGACCGUAGCUAUAAAAUAAUGAUCACUAAACCGCCGUCCAUGUAUUAUUUGAAACAGGCGGCGGGCAUAUCUAAAGGUACUAUAAACCCAAAGAAGGAGACGGCCGGUAUGGUCACGCUCAAGCACAUAUACGAAAUAGCGGCGAUAAAACAGACAGACGAAAACCUGGAGUUCAGGAGCCUGGAAGAUAUAUGCAAAAUGCUGAUUGGCACCGCCCGCUCGCUGGGUGUUAAAGUGGUCAAGGAAAUAGACCCGGACGAAUACCAACAGUUCCUGGAAGACAGGAGUGUCGUGUUGGAAGAACGAAAAAAAGAGUUACAAGAACUGAAAGAAUCGAAAAUGUUGAGAACGUCAUGAGUACCCAUAUCAGUAAAAUAUUAUGCUUAUAUUUUGUUAGAAUUGUCAAUAAAAUUUAGUUUUGUACAGUUACAACGCCUAUUGCUUAAUGUUAUUUUUCUUUCCCCCUACAUAAUAUCACAAUAAUGAAAACGCCUUAAGAAUAGGUAUCUGGAAUGUUAUCGAUAUAUAUUUUGCAGUAGAGAUUAAAACAAUUGAGUUCUCUACACACUGAAAAAAUGUACAUGUCUGUAAUAGACACAAAAAAAAUAUCAGAAGAAAGGUGUAAUAAUCAUUUUAUUUUAAUCAUAUAUAUUAAAUAAUGUAAAAUAUAUGUAAUAUUCAAAUUGUAUCCAAAAUGUAUCUAAGAUAUCUAUACAUUUUUGGGAGUGUUCUUACCUAUGUUAUAAGAUUAAUAUACAUGUAAUACUUCAUUACCCAGUUUAAGACAAUAAUAUUGCAAAUGAGCAAUAUAAAAUUAAAAUACGUUCUUAAUACUUAUGCAAAUUGUCUUAAUCAAACCAAAAUUUUAUUUACCUAUUUCUGUAACAUUUUUUAACUAAAAUACUUGUAAAAUAUGUAUAUAAUAUUGGG